AGACUCCACUCCCUGAACCACUUGCAGUUAAGUGUGCGGCUCGUACAGACUUGCUCUAUCAUACCCUAGUGUAAAAAUGCCUUCAAAUUUAGCAGAUCCCGUUGCCUUCGCAAAGGACUUUAUGGCUGGCGGUAUUUCCGCAGCCAUUUCCAAAACAGCCGUAGCCCCCAUUGAAAGAGUGAAAUUACUCCUCCAAGUCCAGCAUGUCUCCAAACAAAUCCCAGAGGAUCAGAGAUACAAGGGUAUGAUAGACUGCUUCGUUCGUAUCCCAAAAGAACAGGGUGUUUUGGCAUAUUGGCGUGGAAACUUUGCCAACGUAAUCAGAUACUUCCCGACUCAAGCCCUUAACUUCGCGUUCAAAGACAAAUACAAGCAGCUGUUUUUACAUAAUGUAGACAAACACACACAAUUCUGGAGAUACUUCAUGGGUAAUUUGGCCUCUGGUGGUGCUGCUGGAGCUACUUCUCUCUGCUUUGUCUACCCACUUGAUUUUGCCAGAACCAGAUUGGCCGCCGAUACUGGUAAAGCCGCUGGAGAACGUGAAUUUAGUGGUUUGGGAAAUUGCUUAACUAAAAUCUUCAAAAGUGACGGUCUUAUUGGUUUGUACCGUGGUUUCGGUGUAUCAGUACAGGGUAUCAUUAUCUAUCGUGCAGCAUUCUUUGGUUUCUAUGACACAGCUAAAGGUAUCCUCCCUGACCCCAAGAACACGCCCAUCAUUAUUUCCUGGGCCAUUGCACAGACUGUAACAACAAUUGCCGGUAUUAUCUCAUAUCCCUUCGACACAGUCCGUAGGCGUAUGAUGAUGCAGUCUGGUCGUAAGAAGGCUGAUAUUUUGUACAAGAGCACGGCUCACUGCUGGGUAACUAUAGCAAAGACCGAAGGUGGCGCAGCGUUCUUCAAGGGUGCUUUCUCAAACGUACUCCGUGGUACAGGAGGUGCCAUCGUAUUAGUAUUGUACGAUGAAAUUAAAAAUCUGGUCUAAAGAAAGCUGCCGUUUAGUUCACACUUUCGAAAAAAAUUCCUGUUCGUUUGAUCGAUUUUACGGUCAAAAUUAGUUAAAUUUUUUACUACAAUUUCCAGUUUUUUCUUGUCUUUCGACUUGACAGUAUCUUUGAAAAUUUUAUUGUGUAUUUGAUAAUUCCUAAAA